AUGAGUGUUGUCAACAUUAUAAACAUUAACGUUCUCAAUAAUCCUACUUUGUUCACAGCAGACUACCAGUUUGAAAUUACCUUUGAGUGUAUUUCCGAACUUGUUGACGAUUUGGAAUGGAAAAUAAUUUACGUAGGAUCCUCGGAAAGUAAAGAAUAUGAUCAGGUUCUUGACAGCAUUAUGGUUGGACCUGUACCUCCUGGUGUGAAUCAAUUCAUAUUUCAGGCACCGGCACCUAACCCUGAUCGUAUACCCCCUAGCGAUCUCUUGGAUGUCACUGUAAUCAUUCUUACAUGUUCUUACAGAGAUCAAGAAUUCGUUCGUGUAGGGUAUUAUGUUAAUAAUGAGUACAUCGAAGAAGAAUUGAGAGAGAAUCCGCCAGAUAAAGUUAUAUUCGAUAAACUGUAUCGAAACAUUUUGGCGGAUAAACCUAGGGUGACUAGGAUGCCUAUCAAAUGGGACUCGGAAGAUGAAACUAUUGGCAUUAAAGAAGAUGUAAUGGGUGGGAUACAAGAACAUUCUUUACAAGCUGAUUAUUCGAUAUAA